AUGGCGUCUGCAGCGCUCGCCGCUGCAGCGUCGCUGCCCGCCUCUCUGGGCGCGGCGAGCCCGCUCUCCGUGCCAGUCGUUUCCUUGUCUGAGCGCGGCAUUCGCUACGUGCCUGCGGCCUCAUCAGCCCUUUCUGCGUCGUCUCCUUCCUCUGCAGCUGCCGCGCCCGUCGCGCGGCCGCCGUCGCUGCCGCUGAGUCAGUGGAUUUUCCCGCGCGACAAGCUGCCGCCACUCGCCUGGAGCAAGGCGCGACCGGCGGGCGCCGGCCUGGUGAACCCGAGCGCGCUGUGCUUCAUGAACGCCGUCCUGCAGGCGCUCGCCUACACACCGGGCUUCGCAGAGUUCCUCCUCGAGGGUCAACACAGCCGCGGGUGCCCGAUCACGCAGGCGCGCCGCGAGGCGAGGCGCAAGAAGGGCGAGGCGGCUGGCGAGGCUCUGCCUCGCGACGCCGACGUCUCCUUCUCGUUCUGCGUCCUGUGCAAGCUCGAGGACCAAGUAAAAAGCAUCCACCGACAGGGCGCGGGCUGCGUGGAGAACCGAUUCAGCUCCUACGUGCGGCAGUUCGUCUGGAAAAAGUUCCGCCACGGCAGACAAGAAGACGCCCACGAGUUCCUCCGCUACCUGCUCGAGGCGCUCAUCCGCGUGCAGCGCCCGCCGUCGCAGGCGCCUGGCGCGCCGCCCUCCAAGAAGGAAGCGCCGCCCGAAGUCUGGAUGACGAGUCUCUGCGGGCAGCUCUUCGGCGGCUGGCUCCAGUCUUCGAUUCGGUGCACCAAGUGCACGUACAGCAGCGUGCGCUUCGACCCCUGCCUCGAUGUCCCAGUCGACCUCGGCCGGAGCGGCGAGCGCGGCGACGCCUUCCGCAUGAAGAAAAAGAAGCAUGCGCGUUGGGCAGGCCUCCCUGAGCUCGGCAAGAAACAACGCGGUGGAGAUGCAUGCACACUCGAGAAGGCGCUUCACCGAUUCGUUCAGGUCGAGCAUCUCGUGGGAGACAAUUGCUACAACUGCCCGCAGUGCAAGAAGAAGCAGCCGGCGACGAAGCAGCUGCAGAUUCACACGCCGCCCCGCGUCUUGGUGCUGCCAAUCAAGCGUUUCACAGUGUCUGGCUUUCCGUGCUUUGCGGGCGGAUUCUUCGAUUCCUCGUUCUUGGGGAAGAACCACGCCGCCCUCGCGUUCCCUUCGCUUUUGAAUCUAAGUCCCUACAUGGCUCUUUCGUUGCGCGCGCCAGCGACGCUGACUGAGAAGGCGCCUGUUUCGCUUCUCUCCCUCUCCUCCUCUCUCUCGUCUUCUGCGCUCUCUGAUGCCGUGGAGGGCGCGGCGGCCUCUGGCGACGACGACGCGCAGCAGCCGAUUCACUCGCCCGAAUCGUGCUCGACGCGAGCGUCGUCGUCCUUCGCGUCUUCGCCUGCGGGAUCGCCAGCCGCCUCCGCCUCCCCCACGCCCUGCCUUGCGGCGUCUUCGCCACCGCUCUAUCAACUCUACGCCGUGAUCACGCAUUCCGGCGUCUCCUUGUCUAGCGGUCACUACCGCUGCUUCGUGAAGAUGCCCAACCCUCCGCAGUCCUCGUCGACGUUUUCUUCCUCAGCGUGGCUCAUGGCGGAUGACGAGACUGUGCGCAUGGUGAGCGAGACUCUCGUUUUCCAGCGUCUGCAGGACGAAGCGUACCUUCUCUUCUACUCGCGCCUCCCUUCUGCGGACGAACUCGCCGCGAAGGAGCGCACGCAUGCAGCGGAAGUCCUCAGCUCGCUCUCCUCGUUCGCAGCGAAGGCUCAGGCGCCUGGGGUGGCGGCGCAGACUGCAAACGCGCAGCUCUCUGACGCAGAGAAGAGCGCGGACGAGGAUGAGGCGAACACCGGCGUCUCGUUGAGUGCCUCUCUGUCGGCAUCGGGCAGCAGCGACGACGAGAGCGAUACAUCUUUCUCGGAUACAGGUCUCGGGAGCAGCGGCGACUCUUCGAUUCCCUCGAGCGACGAAGACAACGAGGACGACGCACUUAUGACGGAGGACCUGUGGGAAGACGUGGAGGGCGAGAGAGAACGUGAGAAGAAGCAGCUCGUCGCUUUCCUGGUGCGGCGUGAGCGCCGCGCCGCGCAAGUCUUGUCGCGGAGACUGCGCCGACAGGUGCGCGCGGGCACCUACAGUCUGCUGCGUCGCGUCGUCACAGGGAACUUGGAGAGGGCGCGGAACGCCGCGGAGGCGGGCGCGGGGUUCGCAAACCUUGCCCGGCUUUCUGGGGGAGCCUCCGACGACGAAAGCGAUGCUGAGGAGGCGCCCGAAGGGGUGGGCUCUGCGUGCUACUGUGGGGACGGCCUGGCGAGCGGAGGCAAGCGAAAGGUGAAGGCGCACGCGGCGCCCAGCAAGGCAGCGCAGGCGCCGCCGACCGCAACUGCCUCUCUGCCGGCCAAAGAGAAGGAGCGCGGCAAGCCGAGGGGCACGAGCUUGAUGAACUUCCACGUCGUCACAGCCGAGGACAUGUCGAGUCGCAUCGCUGCGGCGCGCAGCUACUCCAAUCAGUACGGAGUGAAUGCGCCAGGCACGUGGGACGCUGAGGCAGACGACGAGGAGACCUCGGACGGAGACGGAGUCGUGCCGCCCGCGCGCCGCGACGAACUUUUCGAGAGGCUGCAGGAGCUGCAGCAGCCGCGGAGCGCGAAACGCGAGCGCCACGACAGAGAAUAUGAUCGCGGAAAAGUCAAGAAGGUCAAGCGGAAGGAACCGAGACCGACUGUUGGAGCCUCCGUCGCGCAUCCGUCUGCAGCGUCUUCGUCGCCAAGCGUAGUCGUCUACCAGCGCGCGGCGUUCGAUCAGGUCCUCGCCGAGAAGAAGAAUAAAGGGCACCGGUUCCAGCGGCUGGGGGCCGCCUCGGGUGGCAGGGGCUACAAAGACAAGCGGCACAAAGGGAAGGCCUUCGGGCACAAGGGCAAGCACUUCAACAAGCGGUAG